UGGUGGAAAUUAUGCGUUGUGGAGGACUGGAAACCUCGUUUUUAACCUAGGUAAAGGAAGAAAGAUAGGGCAGAAAGAGUGGCAUCAUGGGCGAGCUAACGCUAGGCGGGGAUCGUUGUCGCUCGCUAUUCAUCCACCAGUCCAAUUAGGGUUUUAACAGAGGAAUGGCCGCGGCCAUGGCGGCGGUGGCCGCUCCAUCCGCGGCGGUCGCCAGGGCGCUGGAGGGCGACGCGGCGGCAGUGGCGCGAUUUGCAUCGCCAGGUAUUUCGUGGGGGAGUGCGCUGCUCAAGCACAGAGCGGGGGAUUCUCCGCGUUCUUGGCGUGGGAAGAGGUCCGGGAGGAGUGCAUUCUCGGUGUGCUUGCUGCAUGGGCUCGGGGGAUUCUGGGAUUCCUCCGAUUCGGAUUUCUCGGCGAAGAAAACCUACAAUCCAGAGAAGGACAAAGCGUUUCUUCUUAGCAUGGUGGAGCAAAUCGAGCCUCUAGACGUGAGUAGCAUUAGCAAAGACGCGUCGGCUGAUAGCAUGGAUGCGAUGAAGAGGACCAUCUCUGGAAUGCUUGGGCUACUACCGUCGGACCAGUUCAAAGUCACGAUUGAAGCUUACAGAGAACCACUCGCAAAGCUCCUUGUGUCUUCGAUGAUGACUGGGUACACCCUCAGGAAUGCCGAGUACAGGCUCUGCUUGCAAAGAAGUCUACAGCUCUCCGAGGAAGACCUUGCGAGCACGUCAGUUGCAAGUGACGUGAAAGAAAAAAAGUCACAAGACUUGGAGGACAGCCGUGCCUGUGAUGCUUCGGACGAGACCGUUGGAGAGGGGAGUUGCAGUGACUCUUCGGUCUCGGAAGAAGUGGAGGCUUUGAACCUGCCUGGGAAUCUGGGUUCCCUAUCACGAGAAGCGCAGGAUUACGUUAGCCAUAUACAGGCAAAAAUGCUAGCGAUGGAGAAGGAGCUCGAGGAUUGCAAACGAGCUAAAACUGCACUGGAGAUGGAGAAGCUUGUCGGGGAUGAAAAGAACGACCUCCUUGACUACUUGAGAUCUCUGGAACCAGACAAGGUUGCCGAGCUCUCGCACCCGGCCUCUAAAGAUGUGGAAGAGGUGAUCCAGAAAGUAAUCGACGGGCUGCUCAAUGGCCUGUGCAAGUCGAGACAAUCAAAGCCACCGCCGCAGCUCAACGGUGGCGGAUCCCCGCCGUCGAGUUCCAUUUCAAGCCCGUGGAACAAGAGCAGCAGCUCGGCCGAGAUGUUUGCGAACAACUUACCCCUGAAGUUCCAGUCGACGGCAACAGCAACCCGCGACUACCUCGCCCGACUCCUCUUCUGGUGUAUGCUCAUGGGGCAUCACAUUCGCGGGCUGGAGUACCGGAUGGAACUGAGCCACGCGCUCAGUUUGACAGGAGCUAGCGUGGAGGAUUGGAACAAGGGACUUCGUAAGAAAACGCAAGCCAGCGUAGAGGAGGCAAGUGGCUGCAAAGCCUUCCACUUGGUUGAAAAGCCAUUGUGUCGUAUCGCCCACUGCCAGCACUCCAGUAAAUGCCAUGAGAAGCGUUCCAAAGAGAUACGAGUAGGCAGUGACUGUCAAUCCGAAAGGAUACUUCGCCAAGACGGGCGCCUGGUAAAACAAAGUUCCAUCCAAGUUAAUGCCGAAACGAAUUACCAGAAACGAAUAGCAAAAGCUUACCUGAUAAGCAAUGUACAAAGCCAUGAGGAAGCAAUUACCAAGGAGGCAAAGAAUUCCCAGCUGCCAGUUCUCGGCACCGAAAACCCUGUCGAAGAACUCAAAGCAGAGAAAGUUCUGUCGAAGAACUCAAAGCAGAGAAAACUCUGUGACAUUGGCUUCACUUCUCAAAGGAAAAACCUUGAUUUGUCAAAAGCACCGAGAGAAGAGAGAUUUCCUUACCCGUUGGCCAAGGCGAGCACAAACGUAAACACUGGAAUUGCCGGCUGGACUGCGGCGGCAUACGAGGGAGAGAAGAAAUCGCGAAGACAUCACUCACCGCUCGUAGAAGAAUGCGAGGGGCGCAAGAAUGGCGAGCGCGAUGAGGUCGCGAAACACGCAAAACACGACCUGAUUGGCGCCAGUGGUGAGCGCAAAUUUGGUGAGGACGUGAUAGACGCCAUAGUCGAGCUGGACGAUCGCGAGGCAGAGUCUCUUGGGGUAAAUGCUCUUCGUUUGAUGCGCCUUGGAAUCAGCAAGGGUUUGCUGAGAAUCUCGCGCCUUUUCUUCCACUCUUGCGCAGGUAAUCCUCAAUCGAAGCGCGAUCUCCACUCAUGGAGCCGGAAUCUCGUCCUCUGGACAAGCGCCAUCGCUUCUUGCAACUGCAAUGGCGAUCCAGGCAAGGCGCUGGCGAUAUUUCGGCGAAUGCUGCUCCAUGGAUUGCUGCCGGACAACGUCUCCUUCAUCACAGCGCUCAAAUCGUGUGUCCGGAUCCAGAGUCUCGCCGCAGGGAAGUUCAUCCAUCUCCUGGUGAUCGAAUCGGGGCUCCUGACACAGAUCUCCGUGGGGAAUGCGCUGGUCAACAUGUAUGGGAAGUGCGGCAGCCUGGCUCUCGCGAGAGAGGUCUUCGAUGGGAUGGAUCACAGGGAUGUUAUAUCCUGGAACGCGGUCAUCACGGCAUAUGCCCAGGCUGGUCAUUGCAAAGAGGCCAUGGAACUCUUCCAGGCGAUGCAAGAAGAUGGAAGAAUCGAGCCAGACAGCGUCACCUUCGUGGCUGUUGUAAGCGCGUGCUGCGAUCCGUCGGCGCUGGAAGCUGGGGACAAGAUUUUUGCGCUGGUUGAGGAGAGAGGCCUGCUCGAUUCGGACGUAGUUCUGGGCAACGCUCUCGUCAACAUGUAUAGCAAAUGUGGGAGCUUGAAGUCCGCCACCAUGGUGUUCGAGAGAAUGAAGAUCCGAGACGUGGUUUCGUGGAACGCGAUCAUCUCAGCGCUUGCAAGGCACGAUCGAAAGGAUAUCGCGAUGCAGCGCUUUCGGGAAAUGCAGCUAGAGGGGCUCUCUCCGGUUAAAGUCACGAUGGUCACGGCGUUGAGCGCUUGCAGCAGCAUAGCAGCAUGCAAGAGGCUAGGCUCUUGGAUCGUGGAGCGUGGUUUUGCGGCAGACACCAUUGUGGAGAAUGCUCUCAUCAACGCUUAUGGCAAGUGUGGAGGCUUGAGAAACGCUCGAGAGCUCUUCGACAGCUUCAAGAUGAGAGACGUGAUUACCUGGAACACUAUGAUAGCAGCUUACGUGCAGCAUGGGCAGCACUCGCAGGCUCUGCAGCUCUACCAGCAAAUGGAGAUGGAUGACACAGUUCAUAGCAACAAGUCUACUCUUGUGAUAGCUCUUGGUGCGUGCCUGGCUCCAGACGCUCUCGCGCAAGGUAAACUCAUCCAUUCUCGCUUGCGUGACUUUGGAUACGACUUUGAUGUCUUUGUUGCAAAUGCGCUUGUCAACAUGUACAGCAAGUGUGGGAGCCUUGACGAUGCCAAGUCUGUUUUCAACGAGGCGGCUCAAACAGACGCUGUGAGUUGGAACGUCAUGACGGCGGCUUACGUCCAGCACAGUCGCAACGAAGAUGCCAUUCAACUGUUUAGAAGCAUGCUGCUGAAAAGCUCUUUGCCGGACAGGAUAACCUUCGCUACUGUCCUCGGAGCGUGUGCCGGUCCUGCAGCUCUUGCACAGGGUAAGACGAUUCAUUCCUGUGCUUUUGAGAGUGGACUCGAGUCUGACGAUAUCGUGGGAAAUGCUCUUUUGAUCAUGUACAGUAGGUGCCAAAGCGUUCACGACGCGGUCACGAUCUUUGAGAAGAUGGAUCGACCAGCUAUAGUCGUGUGGAAUACGAUGAUUGAGACGUACAUUCAACACAAAAUGUUCAACGAAGCAAGGAUGCUGUUCUUUCAGAUGGAUGAGCGGGACGUUGCGUCUUGGAACGGUGCAAUUGGAGCAUGCACUGAAGAACACUGUUACGAGGAGGCAUUUCAGCUCUUUCACGAAAUGCAGCUGCAAGGCUUCGUUGCAAACAAGAGCACCUAUCUUACACUACUUAGCUCCUGCGACAGCCAAAGUCCGAAGUGGCUCUCACGGACGAAACUGGUGCAUCAUCGAAUCCAUUCGAGCGGCUUUGAGUCGGAAGAAGCUGUUGGCAGUGCUCUUGUGAAGGCAUACAGCAGGUGCGCCAGCAUAGAUGAAGCCAGGAGCGUUUUCGAUUCUAUAUUACAGAAGGACGUAGUGCUGUGGACCACGAUGAUCUCGGUUUAUGCUCAAGACGGAUACAGCGAAGCGGCUCUCGAGCUCUUCCAGCAAAUGCAGAAAGAAGAAGCAUUACUUCCGGACGGUUUCACGCUCGCCUCGGCCUUGGCGGCUUGCACAGGUCCGGAAAUGCUGGAAGAAGGCAGAGAGAUCCAUGCUCUGGUUAUCGAGCGCGGCUGUGAGUCGGAACUUGUGGUCGGGAAUGCUCUCGUGAGCAUGUAUGCGAACUGCGGAACUCUACAAGAUGCUCUGGAGUGCUUCCAGAAGAUGGCUCAACGCAACGUCGUGUCCUGGAACGCGAUGAUCGCAGCCUACGUCCACCACAACUGCGACAAGGAGGCCUUCCGGAUCUUCCAUCAGAUGCAGCUGGAAGGAGUGCAGCCGAACAGCGUGACUUUCGUCACCUUUCUUAGCGCCUGCUCGACUCCGGCAGCGUUUGAAGACGGUCUAGUACGUGCUCUGGAAGUCGAGAAGCGAGUGGAGUCCCUUGAUGCUCUCAUCGGGAACUCGCUUCUUCAUACCUAUGCCAAGCUCGGAAGGCUGGACGAGGCACAGCGAGUGUUCCAGAGAAUGGAGAAGCAGCGGGACGAUGUGGAGACUUGGAACGCAGUGAUCGAAGGCAGCGUCCGGAAUGGCGAGUUUCGAAAGGCUCUGGAGCUGUUCGAGCGCAUGCAGCUGCAAGGCACGGCUCCAAACAGCGCCACCUUCAGCACCAUCCUCGCCACCUGCGCAACUCCACGGCUCCUGGACCGAGCCAAGCAGCUCCACAGCAUCGUUCGAGAGUCAGGCCUGGAAGCGGACGCGUCAGUCGGAAACGCCGUCGUUCACAUGUUCGCCAAGUGCUGGAGCCUCGACGACGCGCUCGCGGCCUUCCAGAGGAUACCUCAGAAGAACUUAGGAAGCUGGAACGGACUCUUGGGAGCUUACAUUCACGUCGGGCGCCUCGCAGAGGCUCGCAAGCUGUUCGAGGUGAUGGAGGAGCGGGACGUGAUCACCUGGAACAUGAUACUUGGAGCCUACGUCGAGCGAGAGAUGGCCAAGGAAGCAGUGAGGCUCUUCCGCCGGAUGAUCGCCGAGGGGACGAAAUCAAACAGCAUCACUUGGACGACGAUGCUGGGAGCUUGCGCUGGCGAGGCCUUGCUUGCCGAGGGACGAAGGAUCCACGAGCUCAUAGGGGAGAGAGGGGCCGACUCGGAGCUCUUCGUCGGGAACGCGCUGGUGGACAUGUUUGGGAAGUGCGCGAGCUUGGGCGGUGCUCGGCAGGCAUUCGAGAGGAUCCGCGGCAAGGACGCCAGCAGCUGGAACGUCCUGGUGGCGGCACUGGCGCAAAACGGCGACGCCGAGGAAGCUCUCAAGCAGUUCUUGCAGAUGCAGCGAGAAGGGAUCAAGCCAACCGACGUGACUUUCAUCGUCGUCUUCUGGGCUUGCAGCCACGCGGGCAGGCUGGAGCAGGCCAAGACCAUCUUCGCGUCACUGCGGCACGACUACGGCAUAGCUCCGCUGCCCAGCCACUACAGCGGCAUGACGGAUCUCCUGGGACGCGCUGGCUUCCUGGACGAGGCGGAGGAGGUGAUCAAGAGGAUCCCGUUCAGCCAGGACGAGCUCCCCUGGAUGACGCUACUCUCCGCGUGUAAAGUCCACGGCGAUGUGGAGCGUGGGAGAAAGGUGGCUGGCCAAGUCUUGCGGUGGAAUCCGGGUGAUUCGGCAGCGAGGGUGGCGCUUUCCAAUAUAUUCGCAGGAGCCGACGCAGUUCCAUAACUUGGCCUU